AUGGGCAAAGCAUCACGAAAGACACGGCCAAAGUCUCUCCGUCAUGGCCGACCACCCACCGCCCACCAGCCUACAGUAUCGCUCUCGGCAAAAGCGACCCGAACUCUGAUUCGGUCCCAUCACCAGCUUCAAAAGGCUCGCACUCAAGCUCUCAAGGAUGGGAAUGAGGAACUAGUAUGUGAGCUUGAUAAAAGGAUUGCGGCUACAGGAGGACUGGAGAGUUACCAGUUAGCCAGCAAAAAAGGUCAAUCUAAAGAACGCGGUGGUGACUCCAGCAAGACUCUUAUUGGGUGGCUUCAACCCGCACUAAAAGACACUAAUGAUGGGUUCCAAUUUCGGUUGCUUGAAAUCGGUGCGUUAUCUACAAAAAAUGCUUGUUCGAAUGUUCCGUCUAUAUCGGUCACCAGAAUCGACCUUCAUUCCCAGGAGCCUGGUAUAUCGCAGCAAGAUUUUAUGGACCGACCGCUCCCUGCAUCGGACAACGAUAAAUUCCACAUUAUAAGCCUCUCACUGGUGCUAAACUAUGUUCCAGACCCAGUGGCUAGGGGCGACAUGCUUCGCCGCACUGUGAAAUUUUUGGUGCCAACAUCACUGGCGUCAAAGGCACCCACCAACGAUUUGAUGCCAUGUCUAUUUCUCGUUUUACCGGCGCCUUGUGUUCUCAAUUCCCGUUACUUUACGGAAAACAGACUUCAUGAUAUCAUGACAAGUUUGGGGUACUCAAUGAUGAGACGAAAGUUGACACAGAAACUUAUUUACCAGCUCUGGGUUCAUCAGCCGCUACCCGACCCCGCACCCAGUGAAUUCAGAAAGGAGAUAUUGAACCCUGGGCCUGUAAGGAAUAACUUCAGUGUCAUUCUAAAAUCUAGGACUUCUUCAGAGACAGACUGA